AUGCUCGCCAAGCAGCGGCUGCUUGACCUCCUGCAAGAGGAUCGUUUGCUCCACCUUUGUGUCAGAGGGCAGCAGCACCACCUCCUCCGCAUCCUCUCAGAGCUCCCCGUCCAGCUGUUCCUUGACCCUUCCUUGCCGUACAGGAUCAGGAGCGGGUUGUUUAGCUCCUUUCCCUGGCACGUGGCUGGCGGCAACGGAGAUGCAUCUGUCGACAUCCCCGUGGAGACCUCUUGCGAACAAGCAUCUGUCCUGCUCGAGUUCCUCCUCUCCCUUCCUCACAUUCCUCAACUUUACUUCCGCACUGGAAGCAACGCCAUGCAGAGGAGACACCCCAGCGACCUCCUCCUCCUCCUCUCCCAGCACAAGACUCUCCCCAACCUCGACGGGUGGGACGCGGGGCCCGACAUUCUCAAGCUUCUCCUCCCAUCCGUGAGCAACAACCUGAGGUUCGUGAACAUCAACUGCGAGCUCUACCCUCCAGUUCUCUGCUCGGCCUCUUCCCUCGAUCUCCGAGGCUGCAAGCUUCAGUCCGAGGAAGCUGUCGUCCUCUCCUCCAUCCUCCCGCAGAACCCUUCCCUCACCCUCCUCGACCUCCGGGACAACCACAUGGAGCAGGACUGGGCGGCGCUGCUUGACGUCUGCAUGCUGAAGCUAACAAGCCUUACUAGGUAG